CGCCGAUCAACAGGAGGGUCAUGAGAUCAGACCGACUACAAAAGAGGGCCCUAGAAAGGCAAUUUCAAAGACCAGAGGGAAGGAGUGUGCCGUCUGUAAAAAGAAACUGGCCCCCUCUUGGUUGAAAAAGCUAUGUCAAAGUUGUAUUGAGAAACUAGUGGAGGAGUAGUCCCCAUCCCUUCUACAGAGUAUUAGGGAGAUGGUAAAGACGGAGGUCUCGGAUUCCCUGAAAGAUUUCAAAAAGAGCUUUCCCGCUGUAGCCUCUACCUCCCUGGGAACCAGAUCAAGCACGGCUAAUAGAUCUGACUCAGAUCCCUUAGAGGAUAGUGAUACGGGAGAAAUCCUAGAUAGCCCAGACUCGUCCCAGGAUGAAGAAUCCACGGGCAGGCCACUUUUUUCCCCCGAUGAUACGGAAGCUUUACUAAAAGCAGUUCGUGCGACUAUGAAAGUAGACGAACCCAAAGACCCAAGAUCCGUUCAGGAUAUCAUGUUUGGUGAUCUCGGGCAGAAAAAAUCUAGAGUAUUUCCCGUUAACGAGAAUAUAAAGUUUUUAAUACAGAAGGAAUGGAAAAGACCCGAUAAAAAAAUUUUUGUGCCAAAAAAUGUAAAAAGGAAAUAUCCCUUUGACGAGGCAGACUCAGUAAACUGGGACAGACCUCCUAAAUUGGAUGCACCUGUUGCAAAAAUUUCAAAAAAAUCGGCCCUUCCAUUUGAGGACUUGGGUUCUCUUAAAGACCCUAUGGAUAAGCGAGCAGAGGUUUACCUAAAAAAAGUUUGGGAGACCUCAGCCCAAGCAUUCAAACCAAAUAUUGCCGCCACAUCCACUGCUAGGUCUCUGAAAUUAUGGCUAGAAGAAUUGGAAUCUCACAUUCAGAACAAGACCCCGAGAGAUCAAUUGUUAGCCGUUUUCCCCACUCUACUUAAAGCAGUAGACUUUAUUUCUGAUGCAUCAGCAGAUGCUUUAAAAUUAAAUGCUAGGUCAGCUGCUCUUUCAAAUUCAGCCAGACGAGCUAUUUGGCUAAAAGGUUGGUCGGGAGACACGGGAUCUAAAAAUAAGCUUUGUGCAAUUCCUUGUCAGGGCGAUUAUCUUUUUGGAUCCGUCUUAGACGACCUUUUGGAUAAAGCCUCGGACAAUAAAAAAGGAUUCCCUGUCUCCAGACCCCCGAAAAAACAACGGUUUUUUCGCAAAAACAAGAAGGAUUUUUUUAGGGGGCAGAGGAAAGACUUCAGAGCUGACAACAAGAAUAGGAAAAGCAAGGGGUUUCUCUUCAGUUCCCAAUCCUCCUCAACCUCUAAACCAUCACAGCAAUGACGGUUUCUCUCCCGUGGGGGGCAGACUUUCUCUCUUCCUCUACGCCUGGGAAAAAAUCUCCUCAAGUCCCUGGAUUUUAGGCGUUAUAAAGGAAGGGUUUUGUCUAGAGUUUGUCUCCCGCCCACCGGACAGAUUCAAAAUCACGAAUUUUCUAGGAAACCCGGGGAAAAAUCUAGCCUUACAACAAGAGAUUGCAUCCCUACUUCGGAAAAAUGUUCUAAUUCCUGUGCCGGAGGCAGAGAAGGGCGAGGGUUUUUACUCCUCCCUUUUUCUGGUCCCCAAACCGGAUGGAACAUUCAGAACUAUUAUAAAUCUAAAGGAUUUAAAUCAAUUCCUCUCUUACAAAAAAUUCAGAAUGGAGUCGAUCCAAUCAGUCAUAAAACAUCUAUUCAGGGGCUGCUUCAUGGCUACGAUAGACGUAAGAGAUGCGUACUACCACAUUCCCAUUCGGCUAGACUGUCAAAAAUUCCUCAGAGUCGCGGUUUCUAUAGGAGGUCACAUCCAGCACUUACAAUACACAGCCCUUCCCUUUGGGAUUUCUCAAGCUCCCAGACUUUUCACGAAAGUCAUGGCAGAAGUCAUGGCUCAUGUAAGGGAAAAAGACAUUUUACUAAUUCCUUACCUAGACGAUCUCCUGGUGGUAGCAGAGUCAAAAUCCAUUCUAGAAGCACACCUCAAAAAAGUAGUGCAGAUCCUAGAAGACCUCGGCUGGCAAAUAAACGGAGAAAAAUCCCAUUUAAUACCUUCCCAAGUUUGUAUCUUUUUAGGGAUGAUACUGGACUCAAAGAAACUACUCUGUAUUCUACCCCAGGACAAGAUUCAGAGAUUAAUACAACAGGUUCAGUCCCUGAUAUCGGCAGAGAACCCUACUAUCAGACAAGCAAUGGCGGUCUUGGGCAGAAUGACCUCCACUAUACCAGC